AUGUUUUACCAGCGCAGCCUGGCUCCACCCCUCCUCCUGCUGAUAGCUGGAGCGUCUCCCCUGGUGCUCAGCGAGCUCUGGUCAGCUCACGCCGGCGCACCUGACACCAGCCUGGGCGACAGGACCCACUGCAAGCUGCAGGCUGAUGCUGGAUCAGGCCAACAGUACCGCUUUACAGUGUACAGCGCGAAGAAGCUCAGACAAGCUUGGAAUAAGUUGGGCUAUGUGGACCAUGCUGAGGAGUUGGCCUCCAAGUUCCUCCAGUGCUUCCCAAAGAACCGGCUGUCAGCUCAGGCAGCGCUGAACCACGAAUACUUCAGCAACCUUCCUCCACGGCUCUGGGAGCUGCAGGACAUGUCUUCUAUCUUCACCGUACCAAAUGUCAAGCUGCAGACUGAGAGCGGGGACAGCAUACAGGUGUGUGCACGAAGGAACAGUCAUGGAAAGGCAUCCUCUGGCAGCAAACACUGACCUGAGGCAGCAUCCUGCACACGACUGCCUGACAGGUGGCUGUUGUGGAAAAGAAAAGACGAAGAGAGAUGCUGACGUUGAGGAUCCAGAGACACGAAAGAGCCCCAGUUCUCUUUAUUUAUUACCUUCACGAUACGUGUGUGUGUGUGUGUGCGCGGGUGUGGCUGUGCAUCAGGAAGAGGACGAGCAUAGAGCAUGUGUGCAUUCUGAUCGGCACCUAAGAUUUAAGGCUAUCAUUUGCAAAUUUUGUUUACUUUUUAUAAGGUUCCAAUAAUUCAUAUAUCAUUGUCUAAGUAUAAACAAAAGGACUUUACUCUUGGUACAUAUUGUGUUUUGUGUUUGUAACUAGCCUCCUAUUUAAGAAUGUAUAUUUGUAUGUAUGAUAUACUCAUCUAGAAACUAUAUAAUGGACAGUUUUAAUAUUGCUUCAUCUCGUCACCACUAUACUGCUCUUGCCAUUAAAUCCAUGCACACGAGCAUCUCUGAUACAGUAAUGCAGUCACUUCAAAGAAAACAACGAAUGCUAAAGUUUUCAUUUCUGUUUAUCUCUCAUUUGUGGAAUUAUAGGAAAAAACAGUGAUAAUGACGUCAUAAUAAUGACGUUAUAAUAAUUACUAUUAAUUAUUAUAUUAUUAUAUUAUAUUCUUAUUAUAUUAUAAUAAUAUAUU